AAUCCAAAAUCUAUAAUCAUCUGAUCUAUAACACAUCACCCACCUUUAGAUGCAUGAGCUCUUAAUAGAUACCAAAAACUCUAUUGUGGUACAUUUGUAGUAAACGUACAAACACAUUAUUCUGUAAUGGGUAAUAUCUUGGGAAGCAAGAAAACUGUGAAAAUCAUGAAGAUCAAUGGCAAGAGUUUCAAGCUGAAAACUCCGGUGAAAGCUGGUACGGUUGUUAAAGAUUUUCCAGGUCACGUUCUCUUCGAAUCUGAAUCCGUGAAGCGUUUCGGUAUCAGAGCAAAGCCUUUGGAUCCUAAACAAUACUUGCAAUCCAAAAGGAUUUAUUUCAUGGUUGAACUUCCCAGUACCGGCUCUGAUCGAAACCCACGUGGCAGAAGAUGGAAAGAGAGAACCCCGAGAAGGGUUCGGUUGGGAAUCAGGAUGGGUGCCAAGGAGAGGCUUGAGAAUCUGAAGCUUUCGCGUAGAUCAUCGUCUGAUCUCUCGGUAAUAAAGGAGGUUGCUGAAGAAGAGAAAGAAGUGGUGACUAGUGUGAAGUUGAAGUUACCAAAGUGGAAAGUGGAGAAACUGUGGAAAGAGAGUGAGAGUGUCUCUGAUUUCUACAACAAGAUCACAGCACUUUGUCUCCUCAACGUUUCAAGUGGUUUGUUUCAUCAGAGACAACAUUUGCUUCGUAAUGGAGGAAGAAGCGUUCAGAUUGGAGACAAAGAAGCUGUUAAUUAUUUUUAAGUUGUGUUGUAUUCUUGUUGAAGACCAAAAGAGAAACAAACACUGAUCCCUUUCUCAAGCCACGUUUCUUGCAUCUUUUAAUCACGAAAACUGCAACUAGGAAACAGAUGUGCUCCAACUUGUGUAACACAACUUUUAGUAUGUUCUUAAAAUGAACAAUUUAUUCUUUAUUAGAACUUAGAGUUUUCCAAGAAAAUAUAUAUUUAGUUAGCUUAGUUUAAUGCUAACCACUAGUAUGAGAAGCCAGAUAUUUGGAGUUUGCAGUUGGCAUAGUAGCUUCCUUUCAUUUUCUGCAUAAUUAGAUGGCUUCUUUUGUGUUAUAUAUAUAUAGUCUAAAGAAAUAUUUUCGCUUAAAUUUGAGGCGGAUUGAACAGAUUUCUGAAGAUGCUCUGCCUCAUUUCUAAGUAGGAUUCAGAUUUUUUUUCUUUGCAAUUUCAGUGAUCAUCCCAUUUUAGUGUUGCUGAUCAUACUUUGGGACUAGUUAUUAAACUUUUUUUUGAUAUAUUUAUUAUUUUUUAAGAAAUAUAUAGUAAUUCUAUAAUGAGUUGGAAUCCACUCUAAUAGAUUGAGUAAAAAUAAGAUAUUUUAUUUCUUCCACUAAACAUAGAGGAAAAAAAUAAAGAUCUGUAAUUUAGAAAAAGAAAAAAUGUAGGUUAGAAUAAUUUACUUUUAAAUAAUAUUACAAAAAUAAAUAUAAAGAUGAGUCAGAAUGUUCUAAAUGCAAAAUGUUAUUUUUUAAAGCAAAAAUGUACAACCAUAAUGAUAUAUAGAUUUUCCAUGUGUAUAAUCUAGCGGUAGGAGAUACCUAUUCUAUCCACCAAACUUAAUUUAACAUUAAAAUUAGUUCACACAAAAUUAGUUUAAUGUAGAUGAUCGGAGCAAGUAUCUAUCUAUAUAUAUAAAGGGGAGUUUUCUCUCACCUCAGUCAUCCACAUCAUUAUUCAGCAUGGGGCUUUUUCUGCCACGUGGCAGUACUUUAUAAACUUGCGAAAGCUGCUUCACGUUGUUUAAUAAUUUGGGCUACGUGUUUUUUAUGAUCAAAUCAGUGGACUUUUGAUUAUUGUCCAAAACGGCCCAAAUUAUUUAGGGUUGUUCAAUUUUAGCGGACGGAGUUGGAGAGUCAGCCGUCGUGGUUCUUCACAUCUCACCGACGACGAACGGCGAUCGUCUUUGUAACGGCACUUGGAAACAUUAAUCCAAGCAUUAACUUUUCUGCGCCACUCCUCCCACUCUCUUGAAUUAAAUUGGCCAUAGCAUUCUCUAAAGUAAUCCCCUGAAGCUUCAACUAUAAAUGGCUUUGUUGCUUGGGAUAAACAGUGGCGAGUUCAUCUGUUUUUCUUGCCGAUUUAAAAGCUGGAUGCUAUUCAAACACCGCCGAGGUCCCUCUCCUCAGAUUAAAAGAGGCAAGAAAUGUUAAGAAAGGUGGUCUCCAUAAAGAGAAUGUGACUCCGGCUAGCCACCACCGUGUUUUGUUAGCUCUUUCUACUCAACCUUUUGAUAGUCCGCUCUUAUUAUAUGUUUCUAAAACAGUCAAACUGUCAACGAGAAGGUACCUAUUCUUAUUCCUAAUUUUUUGUUUUUGGAUUUAACGUUAAACUAAGUCGUCACUAACCAUAAUUUAUUUACUCUGUUUUUUUUUUCAGUUGAUUUUGUUUUUUUUGAAUAUUUUUUUCAGUUGAUUUUGAUUCAUGUUCAAUAGCUUAAUACUUUCAAAAAUCUAUUGAGGGAAGGAGUGAUGUAUGGGCUUCGUGGUGUUGAUGCCGCUGGAAGCACGUUUCACUGACCACACGAGCUUUGUUGAGGUCACGGAACAAGUGACCAUCCCAGCAGAGAAGUUUCGUUUUCAAAAGUAUGAUCAACUCAUGGCUUUGGCUAACACCAACGUAGAUUUGUCCGGUUUGUAUAACAAUUUUGAACUCAUACUUUAACCGUAUAGUAGUAUCAGCACUGUUUUCAAUAAUGAAAAUCAUUCCAUUCAUCAUGUGAUGAUAACAAUCUAAUUAGACAGGUACAAAACCAAUCAACUGAUCUAUCUUAAGUUGUUUAGUAUUUUGUUAGUUUGAUUAAGUGAGUCCACUGAUAAACCAAACACAACUAUGCGAAGCUCAUAGUGUGUGUUUAAUAAAAUUGAUUAAGAAAUCAGAUCGCAGUCAGUUGAUUGGAUUGCAGGAAAUACAUCUCUUUCUCUCUGCAAAGCAAAACUGGGUUAGAUCCAGCGACUAUAGCUUCCUUGUGCUUACUGAUAAGUUCAAAGUUCACUCAUUUAUGAGACUAAACCUGUGAUUCAAUUUCAUAUAAUGGAAAUAUUCUAGAACAAACUUAGGAUGAAUUGGAUGACUUCAAUGCUUGGUUAGAUAUCUCUCCACUCUAAAUCAAAUGUAUGUGAAAGUAUAUUUUUUUCUUUUCUUAUCUUAUUGAUGUAAGAGAUGGUAAAGAGUGUCCUUUUUCUCUGUUGUGCAGAAGAAAAUCUGCAACUCUGGAGAUGUAAAUGAAUGUAAAUCGAUGGAAGCUAAAAUCAGAAAACAAAAACUUGAUUUUGUGAAGCCUGCUCUAGGGCUUAGCUUAUUAUACGUUUUGUGUUCUGUAAAUAUUAUAUAAUUUUGGGGAUCUCGGAUGUUUUGUGGUUGUAAUUCAUGCCAUCAUUGAGAAGAGAAAAGUACACUCAUAUGGUUAUCAUAUGGUUAUUGAUUUUGUGCUGACUAA